AACAUGUUCACUUCUGUGGUGUUAAUGUGCAUGCUGGUGGCCGCUGGUGUGGCUCUCCCAGGUGGAUACCAGCAACAAUCCUACAAUGCGCCUCUGCCCUACGAUUUCAACUACGGGAUCAACUCUGGAGCCACCAACUUCGGCCAGCAAGAGAGCGGCAACAAUGGCAACGCCAAGGGCUCCUACUGGGUCAACUUACCUGACGGUCGCGUCCAGAGGGUUGAUUACUGGGCCGACGGUAGCGGAUAUCAUGCCACCGUGAGCUUCCAGGGCACCGCCAAACAUCCCAGCUAUGCUCCUUCUUAUGGCUAUUAACGACUGCCCUGCAACACGACAAUUGAUAACCUCUAUCUUGCAUCUGCUUUGUUUCACUUGUUAAACAGAUAUGUUUAUGAGUUUUUAU